GGCAUCACUAGCAAGGGGGACUGGGAGAGACACUGAUCCUCUGUCACUCCCUGCACAAAGCAUAGACCAUAGCAGCAGCAGCUGAAGGAGGAGCACUACCCUAUCUACAUUGUGAUUUAAGGAGCUCAGCUACCUACACCAUCCCCAGCCUGCCUGCUGCCUCUGUGAUCUUGCAUGACCAGGUUUUACAGAAAAGGGAUUCUGCCUCCACUUCUCUGGGAAGGAUGUCAGCUCAGUGGGUGACAGCAGUGUUCUUCCUGGGUGUUGGCUGCAGUGUCCUCACCACAAAAGUGAACAAGCACAAACCAUGGAUAGAAACGUCAUAUCAUGGAGUUAUCACUGAAAAUAAUGACACAGUUAUUCUGGAUCCUCCUCUGGUUGCACUGGACAAAGAUGCCCCGGUUCCAUUUGCAGGGGAAAUUUGUGCAUUCAAGAUCCAUGGUCAGGAUACUCCUUUUGAGGCGGUUGUAUUGAACAGAACAUCUGGGGAAGGUCGGCUAAAAGCUAAAGGACCAAUUGACUGUGAACUACAAAAGGAGUAUACCUUUAUCAUCCAGGCAUACGACUGUGGAGCUGGUCCAACUGGGGCCAACUGGAAGAAGUCUCACAAGGCUGUGGUGCACAUCCAGGUUAAUGAUGUAAAUGAAUUUGCUCCAGUAUUUAAGGAAAACACCUAUCGAGCAACAGUGACAGAGGGCAAAAUAUAUGACAGCAUUCUGCAAGUUGAAGCAAUGGAUGAAGAUUGUUCACCCCAAUAUAGCCAGAUCUGCAAUUACGAGAUUGUCACCAAUGAUGUGCCAUUUGCAAUCGACAGAAAUGGAAACAUCAGGAAUACAGAGAAACUAAGCUAUGAUAAACAGCAGCAGUAUGAGAUUAAAGUCACCGCAUAUGACUGUGGACAGAAGCAUGCAGCUCAAGAAGUCACAGUAAGAGUGGAUGUGAAGCCCGUGUGCAAGCCAGGAUGGCAAGAUUGGGAUAAACGAAUAGAAUACAACCUUGGCUCUUCAAGUGUUGCACUAUUUCCUAAUAUUCACUUGGAGACCUGUGAUGGACCCGUGUCUUCUGUUCGUACCAGCAUUGAACUCCAGACCAAUCAUAUUGGCAAAGGCUGUGACCGUGAAACCUAUUCUGACACAUCCUUGCAAAAGUUAUGUGGACCCUCUUCUGGGGCCAUUGACUUACUCCCAACUCCAACUGCUGCCACGAACUGGACAGCUGGCCUGCCUAUGGACAACAGUGGCAUGAUCUUUAAAUUUGAUGGCAAACAAGGAGUAAAGAUUCCAGAUGCCAUAGUACCAAAAAAUCUAACUGACCAGUUUACCAUUACCAUGUGGAUGAAGCAUGGUCCUAGCCCUGGACUAAGAGCAGAAAAAGAGACAAUACUAUGCAAUUCCGACAAGACAGAAAUGAACCGCCAUCACUAUGCACUGUAUGUACACAACUGCCGUCUUGUCUUCCUAUUGCGCCGCGAUUUUGACCAAGCUGACACAUUCCGACCUGCUGAGUUUCACUGGAAGUUGGAUCAGAUCUGUGACAAAGAAUGGCACUACUAUGUUAUCAAUGUAGACUUCCCAGUGGUCACUCUGUACAUGGAUGGAGGAUCAUAUGAGCCAUACCUGGUGACAAAUGACUGGCCAAUCCAUCCCUCACACAUUGCCAUGCAGCUGACAGUUGGCGCUUGUUGGCAAGGUGGUGAAAUAACAAAGCCUAAAUUUACCCAGUACUUUCGUGGUAGCAUAGCUGGACUUACUCUGCGCCCUGGAAAGAUAGAAAGUCGCAAAGUGAUCUCUUGCCUCCAGGCUUGUAAAGAAGGGCUGGAUAUCAAUUCACUGGACAAUCUCGGACAAGUUGUAAAGUAUCACUUCAACCCUUCACAAUCCAUGCUUAUAAUGGAAGGUGAGGAUAUUGAGAGUAUAAAUCAAGCUCUCCGGAAGGUUUCUUUUAUUAAUUCCCGCCAAUUUCCAAACACUGGCAAAAGAAGGAUCAGGGUCUCAUCCAAAGUCCAAUGCUUCGGAGAAGAUGUCUGCAUUACCAUCCCAGACAUAGAGGCAUAUGUUGUUGUCCUGCAGGCUAAUGAACCUAAGAUCACAGUCAAUGGAAUGGAUCACUUUGCUCGUCCAGCAUCAGAGUUUGAAACUGCAAAUGGUGUAAUUUUAUUUCCCGAUAUUAGGAUCAUCAGCACCGUCACCAAAAUAGAAAAACGUCUGGAUAAGAGCUCUGGUAAAACUUCUGGUGCAGUGGUGAUGGCAGAAACCCUACAUCAUUUGGAUUUUUGUGAUAUCUUAGUCACUGGCGAUGAACUGAACACUAAGCAGGAGUGUUUGGAGUUAGAUCGCAGCACCCUGCAAGGAAAACAUCUUGAUGCCACCAACUCAACUAAAGGCUAUUCCAUCUAUGGUGUAGACACAAUGAAAAACUAUGAGGAUGUUUUACGACAAGUACGUUAUCGUCAUUGGGAUUCUGCUUCUAUCUUUGGCCGAAAGUUUAGAGUCAAGUGUUCUGAAUUAAAUGGACGCUACAUGAGUAAUGACUUCAAUCUUGAGGUCAAUAUUUUACAUAACUCUAAUUAUAUGGAGCAUGUAAACCACGUGGUGAUUCAACCUCAGUAUAUGCCAUCUCUCCAGAAUCCAAGCACUGAAGUAAUAGGGCAUGAAAGCCGCGUUUCUCCAGGCGCUACGACCAUUGUCCUAGUAGCUUGCAUCAGCAUUUUGGUUAUUAUUGUUGUGCUGGGAAUUUUAAGAUUGCGGAUAGUCCACCAGCAAGACUUUCCAGAUAAAGAAGCAACAAAAGACCCUGACAUGAACUGGGAUGAGUCUGCUUUAACUAUCACUGUAAAUCCCAUGGAGAAAUAUGAAACAAAUGUCCCUGGAGAAGGUGAAAGUGAGGAAGAAGAAGAGGUGGAAGAGGAGGAGGAGGAGGAUGAUGAAGAAGAAGAAGACAGCACAAGUGGUGACUCUGAUGACAGCGAUGAGGAGGAAGUUGAAAACCAAGCAAGAUCAAAGCAGCACAGCGCAACACGAAGAGGUCACCUGGAAUGGAAUAAAUUAACACUUACGUACUAAUACUUUCUUCUUAUUCUUCCUUUUGUAAACACAAAUCUUAUUUAUUUCAGAAGCAACUUAGUUAAAGACUCUGGAUUCAGUGACAGGAUUACCAAUGACAGCUAACAUUAUGUUUAUUUGCUGACAAACCAUAGCCUAAAACAAAACCUGGUAUGUGGGUGUGAAGUUUUAAUGUUGAAAUAAGGGUUCUUAUAACAAUCUGACUAGUAAUACACCAGCUCCCUUGGGUAAAUGCCAGCAAAGGGAGACUAGGAUUUCCCAAUAGAGCUUUGCGUUUGUCAGCAUUGUCAACCCAUUUGCUCCAGAGAAGCCUAUAGCUCAUAAAUGUGAAAAUAUUGAGAAAAAAGUGACACAAGUGUUAUUUUGAGCAAAGCAAAUUGUCUGUAUAUUACAGCACAUGGGGAAGCAUUUUAACAGAGAAAGUGAGUUCUCAAUUUUAUAAAAUAUUUAUUUAUGUCCACCUACACUUGCUGCAAGAGUAGUCACUCUGCUUGGAAAUAAAGUAGAAAAGUAGAUAAAGGAGCUAUACUGAUCAGGGCAUAUCUAAGAGAUUUUGCUACAUGAUAUUUUACUUGGAACUUGAAAGCCAACCUUUUCAUAAUUUCACUUAGAAAUUAGAAUUAUUCUUCAUGUUUCCAAAAUGUUUCCAAAAUGAAUACAUUUAAACAUAAAAGUCAACAUCCUUGAUUAAAUUGUAAAUACCAGAUCUACAUAUGUACAGAUGAAAAAAACACCCAUGCUAAAAUAUAAAAUUAGUUAUUUGUACCAUAAAAUUUUUUUAAAGCCUGUUCAUUAUCCACUUUAAAUUCAAGAUAUGAUACAGUCCCAUCUUUAGACAGAAAAAUGCUAGUCAAUUAUAACAGAAAUUAAUUAAACAUCUGUAAUGAAAAUAAGUAAAAACAUUAAUGUCAAAACAGUACGGUACAGACAGAAUAGUUUUAAUUAAAAGGUUACCCCUUACUUGUAUUUAAUAUUAAAUUAUGAAUAUAUUUCUAAUAAAGUAUGUACAGAACAUCAUGUGUGACACCACUAGUUAAGUUUAAUCAACAAAAGAUAUGCAAAUAGGACAAGACCCCCCCCGCCUCUUUGUAUUGUAUUGUAGGAUAAAAAGUGUGUGUUUUUACUUUCACCUAUGUAACUAUUAACAUAUUCGCAAAAAAAUCGGCAUUUAUGACCAUUUCCUAAUUUUAUUUUAAUGUUAUCAGUUAUCAUCCCACUUGCGGUCUCUGUUCUAUCUCAAUACGCUAGAUGUUAAAGUCUUCAUUGUGGAAAGGGCUAAAAGACAUGUGAAGACAUGGUCACGUGUCUUGUAAAUUUUUGCACUCCUCUUCCCUUGGUUCCUCCUUCAAUGGGUGGAGCAAAACACGGUGUAGUGAGAUAGAACUGUAAAGACAAGAUACUGUAGCAAGGUGAGGUGAGUGUCUAAAUAUUUUAUUUUCUCUGAAGAAUACAUUUUUGCUAUUUCAUUUAAACCAAGUUAUGUAAAAUUAUAAUUUAUAGUAUUUUUUUUAUAUUAUAUCAAUCAAAACUGGAUAUUAUUUAGAGACAAAUAUACCAAUAUAUUGGUAAUAGGUCUGUUUAUAAAGUUCAAGCUUUAUUUUGUACACCAACAUUUUGAAAGAAUCACAAGUGCUAGACCCUAAAUUACAAAAAAUACAACAUAAAACACACAGAUGUUAUGUAAUUGUGAAAUCAGUUUGUGAGUGUGAGACAUAUAGGUAGCAUAAUAUUGCAAACACUUCUCUGAGCAAAAGGGUUCAUUUCAAUCCAAAGGGAAUGGAUAAGCAAUCCAUUUGAUUGGUUCUGCAUGCAAACAAGUUCAACAAAAAAUCGUAUCCUGUCAAUCAAUCCAAUAAUUUUUUGUCAAUGCUAUUUUUUCAUACAGGAGAGAUUUUGGUUAUGAAUCUAUACCUAAAUAGUCUUAGUUAAGCCUCUAGGCUCUAUUCAAAACAAAUGUUGUUCCAUUUUCAGAUGGGACUAAGUGUGACUUUAAGCCCUUGUUGAGUAUCAGUUUCUUGGGAAGGAUUGUUUAGAAUUUUUCCAACCCCUGUUUAUGCAUUUCAGCAUGUAGAAUUGUUAAAGAGUUUUAGUUUUAGUAAAACUUACAUUGUUUGCUUAUGUCUGCUAAGCUGGUGAAAGGGACCAUCCAGUACCAAGUAACAACUGGGUGGAAAAGUCAGAUGAAUUAUUGUAAUUUGUUUUUGCUCCUUAGCUAAAGGUAGUAUUUAUCUACCAAAGUCACACAUAGGCAUUUUACGAUUUAAUUUUUAAACUUUUGUGUGUUCAACUUAAAAAAAAAAGCACUCCAGGAUUUUUUAUUUUUUUUGCCUAUAUAGUACAGCAUAGCCUAAUAUCAUAGAAUACUGUAAAGGUUCUUGUGUAUGCUUUGUGCUUACCUGUUUUAGUUGAUGUGGCAUGGAUGAGUUUACAGCCAUAUUGAUUGCAAAUUUAUCACUGAAAUUGUUUACUAAUGCUGCCUACAUUUCACAUGAAUCCUCUGGCUUUGCAGGGAGAGGAUGUGGAUUUUUAGCAGUGCACCUAUUUAUCCAUUUCUGAUCCCAUAGAAACAGCAGUAACAUCAUACACAGCUGGGAGGGGGUUGGGAGCUAGUUGUAGAGAUCAGAUAGGUGAGGAUAUCAUCCCAUAGAUCACAGUGAGUCAGCUGAUCCAACACUGACCACUUCAUUUUACACAAUUAAGGGUUUAUCCAGGAAUAAAAAGACAGAUUGAAUUUCUUCCAAAAAUAGCACCACAUCUGUAAAUUAGGUUUUGUGUGGUAUUCCAACUUGGCUUUAUUCACUUAUUGCAAUACUACGUUCAACCUAAGGACAGGUGUGGAACUGUUUUUCAAAAAAAUUGACACUGUUCUCCUAAUCCUGGAUAUUCCCUUUGAGUUAUGGAAGUCACAUGACACGAUUACUCUAAUAAAAUGCAUAGGUGCAGCUGUGCUUGAAUAAAAGAAAUGGCACUGUAGGACUGGUAAUGGUGAGCGUACAUGAUAUGGGCAAAAAAACCGCAACAACCUGGAGAGCUUCUUUAAUUUUGUAACUUUAUUCUUUGACAUUGUUUUGAUUUAUUGAUUCUAGUCACUGCUUGUUUUACUACAACUCCUUUUGAUUAGGGAAACAUCUAACAUACCUGUACAUAUGAUAAAUAUUAUAAAGCCAGCCUAAUCCUUUCAGUCACUAGGUGUUAUUCAUGUUAUCACUUAUGUCUGGCACAGACUGCUAAAUCAAAGAAAACCAGACAAAUGUUGUUCAGAAGUAAUAAUAUUCAAUAAUUCUGUCCAUUCAUAUACACGGAACAAUAUCUACCUACUACAUGGUAUAGGUUAGCAUCAUGCCAAAAAUUAUUUUGUUGUGUGAAUAACUUUUCUUUAAGUGGUGGUUCCAAUCAUUUUAAAACAAAGAAAUCCUUGUGUACAGAGUCAUUAUACAGUAGGCAAAUACAAUAAGUUUCAUGAUACAUUUGAGCAUAUACACUGCAACAGAAUGAAUAGUGAAUAACUAUGAACAGAACAGUAAAUGUGUUGUCUGCUUUUGGGGACUACUUUCUGCAUUGCAAGCAUCUCUUUAUCUUCACCUUCCAGAAUACAGUAAGGUGGACUGUACUGAACUAUUUUAAAGUGGUGAAUAAAAGAGGGUAUAAGACAUAUUUUUUUUUCUUAUUCAAAUUGAUUUAUA